UGUACAUUUCAGUGAUGAAUGGCCACAAAAGGGACCAUGAAAUCUUAACGCAGAAAUGUGUUCAUCAAUUAUUUGUCCAAGAGAUACGAGUUACUCCCAAAGAUAGAAUGAUGUAGGAAACAUAGUGAUACUGAAAACGUCCCUCCUCCUCCCUCAGUCUACUUUCCUCUGACGUAUAAAAUCAAAUGCGUAUUCGUUUAUUUAACGUGUUUGUUGCUUUUCUCCAGAAGGUUUUUCCUUUCAACCAUGCAUCCUGGUGCUGGAACUCUGCUUAUUUAACUAUUAGCAAUACUAUAAAAAAAAUAUAAUUUAUUUUAUCAGUUUGUUUAAAUGCUAAGUGUAUAUUAGUAUGCAUUUGCUAAGUGUAUAUUAAUAUUAGUAUAUAUUAAUAUUGUAUCUAUCAGUUUAAAAUUUCAGUUUUUGUAACUUUACUCUGGAUGUGCUUGAGCCCGUUUUCCCCCCCUUGUCCCCUCGUGUCACAUGUGUAGGUCACAGGCUGUGGACACCCUGAUCGUCCUCUGUACCUUUAAGGGAACCACGUACCUUUUUUCCUCCAGCAGAUUCUGCGUGAGAUGAACCACCAUCAAUUUAAGGGAACCUUUACUCCCACAGUGGAGCAGAUGAGGAAGGGACUGAUGCUGGAGCGAGCAGUGUUGGCCGCCUCUGCAGUAUUUGAUUAGUUUGUGGGAGCUAGAGCUUAGGAUGCAAUUUUUUGAAUUUGCUUCACAUGCAACCAAGUUUUACUCUGCUGUAGUUAACAUAUUUGUGUUCUGUUUAAUUUAAUAAUUUAUUUUUUGAGAUGUGUACUUUCGCCCUCCGUGCGUUUUUGGGAAUCCUGCUUUGUACACCAUACCAGUGCUUGGAGUGUCCCUUUGGCUGCGAGUGUUUUGCUGUCACUCGCACAGUGAAAUGCGUUUCUAAGGAUCUGCUCUUCGUGCCACAAAGUAUUCCAGGAUACACGAGGACUGUCUUUAUCACAGGGAAUAACAUUCAGCAGAUUGCACCUGACUCAUUCACAGAGAUGGAGAAUGUCACCAACAUUAUUUUAAGCAAUAAUAGGAUUAAAGAGAUGGAGUCCCAGAGCUUCUCUUCCCUGGUCAACCUUCGUUUCCUGGACCUCAGUGGGAACCAGCUGGCUCUCAUCCAUCCUGAGGCCCUCAGCAUACCCGGCAGUCCCCUUCAGGAGCUCAACCUGAGCCGCUCGCUCUACAACUUCACCGCCCUGAUGGACCUCACCACGGCCCUGCGCUGGGGUGGCCUCAGGGGGCUCCUCCGCCUUGACCUCUCCGGGAACCACCUUGCCCUGCUGCCCCCGGGGAUGUUCUCUCACCUCCCCAACCUGCAGCAGCUCUUCCUUGCGAAUAACUCCCUGGUGGCCGUCUACAGUGGGACCUUCUCCAGCAUGAACCACCUGGAGGUGCUGGACCUCACACAGAACGCCUUCGUGACAUUCGGGGCCGAUUCUCUGCAGGAGCUGGAGAAGCUCGGCAACAUCCGCAUCCUUCUCGGUAACAACCCCUACACUUGUUCCUGUGAAAUCCGUGAUUUUGUCACCUGGCUGAACGAAUCAAGAGCUCAGCUAGAUGUGGACGCUGUGAUAUGCACCUCACCAAGAGCGUUGACCAACACCCGGCUGCGGGGGCUCAGUGUCCAGGCCAAUGGGUGUGUUGUCCCAGUCCAGGCGGAGAUGGCUGACCUCACCCUGCAGACAUCCUAUGUUUUCCUGGGGCUGGUGCUGGGGCUCGUGGGGAUGGUCUUUCUGUUUGUGCUCUACCUGAAUCGCGAUGGUAUGAAGAAGUGGAUCACCGAAAUGAGGGAUGCCUGUAGAGACGUACUGGAGGGAUAUCACUACCGCUAUGAAAUUGACUCGGACCCCCGGCUGGGCCACAUCCCAGCAGACAACACCGGCAGCAGGGCACAAGGGCAUUUAAGAUUAGCUCUGUCACAGCAGCUGCCGAGUGACACAUGUAUUGUCCAGGAUCCCACAGACAUGCAGGUUAAAAAGGUGAUCACGUUCUCCCCUGGGAAUUUAUGAUCGCUUAAUGAAACUAAAAUGAUUUGACAUAAUAUGAGCUAGAUCUAGAUAUAAAUAGUUUAGGACAGACCAUGUUUAAAUUUGUUUUAUGCUUUUAAUGUCCUUGUACAUAAUGCAGCUAUGACACUUAAUUCUGCCACAAAAAGUGCCUUUGUGUUUUUGAGGCACUACAGCAUUAAAAUGACAUUAAUAUUGUAUGUUUGUCAUAAAUUUUAUAAGAAUAUAAUACAUAAGCUACAUUGAAAUUACAUUAGAAAAACAUCUCAGUCAGUGUUAAAAGUCACACUGCCAGAGUAGCAUGGAAAAUGUAUGUUGACCUAAAAAACUGUAAUCCAUACACACCCAGUCAAUUUAAGAAUAAGUAUUUAUUAGAUUUUCUAUGCUUUCAUAUAAACAAUAUCAGUCCUUAUAUUCUAUCAGCUGUGUAUCUUUAAUUUGCGUAGUCUACCUAGUGUGAUCUGUAUUAAAAUAGUCAAAGGAUUAGAAGAAGCCAGCGUAUGAUAUGAAACCUGUAUUUACAUUAAUGGUAAAUAAAACCACAUUGAUUUAAAUAUCUUGUUCACGUCUUUUAUGUGACCGCAGCGAACCUGCU